AAGGGAAGAGGGGACUCUUGUGUCAGCUCUGGAUGCGGGAAACAUCAAACCCAGGGAAGUUAUUAUACCCCUCUGUUAAGCUGAAUACAUCUUCAGAUCAGAAGAAGAGUGUUUGGUAGCACUCACACACAUCAACACUCAAACUGUAGGUUUGGAGUUGAUCCAGGAUGCAGUCCUGCCUCACACUGCUGCUGGGGAUUGUGGCCUCUGCUGCCUCAGUGGAAUGGAGGCGUCCGGUGAUCAAGUUCAACUCUAAGGUGGUGUCGAGUCCUGAGGUGGUGGUCAAACCUGGUACUUCUCUGGAUCUGAGGUGUGAGGGUAAUGGGCCUGUUAACUGGCAAACGAGGCUAGCCAAACACAGACGCUAUGUGUCCAAGGGCAAUGGGAAUGUCCGCACCUUAAAGGUGGAUCGUCCCUCUGCAGAAUUCACUGGAACAUACAAGUGUGUUUACACUGCUGGAUCACAGCAGCGUGAGCUGAGCUCCUCAGUGCAUGUGUACGUAAAAGAUCCAAAUCGUGUGUUCUGGACCAGCAGCACGUCCCUGCAGGUAGUGAGAAAGGAGGGUGAGGUUUACCUGCUGCCCUGCCUUCUGACUGACCCAUCAGCCACAGACCUGGGCCUCCGCAUGGACAACGGCACCACCGUGCCACCAGGAAUGAACUUCACCGUCUACCGGCACCGUGGUAUUCUUAUCCACAGCCUCCACCCCAGUUUCAACGCUGAUUAUGUCUGCACAGCCAGGGUCAACGGAGUGGAGAGGACCUCCAAGGCCUUUUCCAUCAAUGUCAUUCAGAAGCUUCGUUUCCCUCCAUAUGUCUUCUUGGAGACAGAUGAGUAUGUGCGAAUUGUUGGGGAAAAGCUCAAGAUUCGCUGCACCACACACAAUCCCAACUUCAACUACAAUGUCACCUGGAAAUACACCACCAAAUCGAAACCAACUAUAGAGGAGAAGGUUCGCUCCAGUGGAGAAAACCGGCUGGACAUAGAGAGCAUACUGACCAUCUCUGCUGUGGACCUCGCAGACACGGGGAACAUUUCUUGCAUCGGCACUAAUGAAGCAGGGGUGAACAGUUCAACCACAUACCUGCUGGUUGUAGACAAGCCCUACAUCCGACUGCUGCCACAGCUGUCUCCAAAGCUGGCCCACCAGGGUCUUUCAGUUGAAGUGAAUGAGGGAGAAGACCUGGAGCUCAGUGUGCUCAUAGAGGCGUACCCUCACAUUACAGAGCACCGAUGGCACACCCCAACAUCUCCCAAUACGUCCACACAAGAACACAAGUUCAUCCGAUACAACAACAGGUACCAUGCAACUCUGCAGCUGAAGAGAAUGAAUGCCCAGGAGCAGGGCCAGUACACCUUCUACGCCAAGAGUGACUUGGCAAAUGCAUCCAUCACAUUCCAAGUCCAAAUGUAUCAGAGGCCUGUUGCUGUGGUGAGAUGGGAAAACGUAACCACUCUAACUUGCACCUCAUUUGGCUAUCCUGCCCCCAGAAUCGUCUGGUACCAGUGUUUUGGAAUACGACCCACGUGCAAUGAAAACACCACAGGGAUGCAGAUGGCGAUUCCUCUCCAGGCUCCAACGGUGGAGGUCCAGAGGGAGGAGUACGGGGCUGUAGAGGUGGAGAGCGUCCUAACCGUGGGGCCGUCCAGCCGGAGGAUGACUGUCGAGUGUGUGGCCUUUAACCUCGUCGGCAUCAGCAGCGACACAUUUGCCAUGGAGGUUUCUGACAAACUCUUCACUUCCACUUUGACUGGAGCAGCAGGCAUUCUGGCCAUCCUCCUUGUGCUUUUGGUUUUUCUGUUUUACAAAUAUAAACAGAAACCAAGGUAUGAAAUUCGUUGGAAGAUCAUUGAGGCGAGAGAUGGAAACAACUAUACCUUCAUUGACCCCACUCAGCUGCCUUACAAUGAGAAGUGGGAGUUCCCACGGGACAAGCUCAAGCUCGGGAAGAUCUUGGGUGCUGGAGCUUUUGGGAAGGUCGUUGAGGCCACAGCCUACGGUCUGGGAAAGGAAGACAAUGUGAUGCGUGUGGCUGUGAAAAUGUUAAAAGCCAGCGCCCAUUCAGAUGAGAGAGAAGCUCUGAUGUCAGAACUGAAGAUCCUGAGCCACCUAGGACACCACAAGAACAUUGUCAAUCUACUGGGAGCCUGCACCUACGGAGGACCCGUGCUUGUGAUCACGGAGUACUGCAUUCUCGGCGACCUCCUGAACUUCCUUCGCCAGAAGGCAGAGACGUUUGUGAACUUUGUUAUGAAUAUGCCUGACAUCAUGGAGAAGUCGAAUGACUACAAGAACAUCUGCAAUCAGAAACAGUUCAUUAGAAGUGACAGCGGGAUCUCUAGUGCAUCCUCCAGCAGCUACUUAGAGAUGAGACCCAGCCAGCUGCCAAACAUGGAAUCAACUCCAGACUCUGUGUGUGAGGAGACUGGUGACUGGCCGCUGGACAUUGACGAUUUGCUGAGGUUUUCCUUUCAAGUGGCUCAAGGACUUGACUUUCUGGCUGCCAAAAAUUGUAUUCACAGAGACGUGGCUGCUAGGAACGUCCUCUUGACCGACCACCGAAUUGCCAAGAUUUGUGACUUUGGUUUGGCACGUGACAUCAUGAAUGACUCGAACUACGUGGUAAAGGGCAAUGCACGUCUGCCAGUGAAGUGGAUGGCCCCAGAGAGUAUUUUUGACUGUGUGUACACCGUCCAGAGUGACGUCUGGUCAUAUGGCAUCCUCCUGUGGGAGAUAUUCUCUCUAGGUAAGAGCCCUUACCCCAGUAUGGCUGUGGACUCAAGGUUCUACAAGAUGGUGAAACGUGGCUACCAAAUGUCUCAACCAGACUUUGCUCCACCUGAGAUCUACAUGAUCAUGAAGAUGUGCUGGAAUCUGGAGCCUACAGAACGUCCAACUUUCAGCAAGAUCAGUCAGAUGAUAGAAAGAUUACUUGGGGACCAACCUGAGCAGGAGCAGCUAAUUUACCAGAAUGUGCAGCAGCAGGUCACAGAGGGUGAAGUGUGUGAUGAGCCCAAGUGCUGCGACGGCCCCUGUGACCAGUCUUGUGACCACGAGGAAGAGGGGCAGCCUCUGAUGAAGACCAACAACUACCAGUUUUGUUGAAAGCCGUAGCUACCAAUCAAUCGAUAAAGCAAUCACUCAUUAACAAACAUCAGGAAAGUGGGAUCAGCUGUAGUUCAUGGGCCAAAGCGCGCCACAGCUUCUUCUUCUUCUUCUGCCGGACAGUCGCAGAGAAUCGACUUCACAGCUAUUUUUUGCCUGCCGUGCCUGCUCCCCAGACAGACAAGCAGCUGCAGCAAGCAUGUGACUUGCUUCUUUGCGGACCAUGACUAGAAAUUGCCACGUCUAACAUCGACUGCAGGCACGAAAGGAGGAAACAUGUCAACAAACCAAACAAGCAUCCAAAGCUGUAGGCCUACCUUAUCAUAAACUACUUACUCCCCCAUGGACUGUUUAUCAUUCUUUCCAUUUUGAGGUAUCUGUAUAUGAUUUGCCAGAAAUAAUCUGUUAGAGCAUAUCCAGAGGAGUUUGUCCUUAAUUACAUAUUGUACACUAUGUUUAUUAUUAUUUUUUUAUUACUGCCCUUGAGAGUGAAUGUCAUGUUUUUGUAGCGUUUUCAGUCACUUUUGUCAGCAGGUUCACUUCCUUUUCAUCAUUUUAUCGCAUGUAAGGUUUCUCAGAGGAAGCAAACCCAGCAGUCACAAACACUGGACCCGAAACUAAGCGAGCAACUCAUAUUUAUGUGUUGCAGCCAAGUUAGGUUUUAUUCUCUGAUCACUGUAAUUGAAUAUCCAAACAGUGCGAGUGUUUUUUCCCCGGGUUUAAACAUGCUAAAUUGAGCGUGGAGAAGGCAAAGAAUCAUCAUGUUGUUUUCCUCUCUGCGCUUUGGUCACAGCUGUAUUUCUUGUGACACACUUAGAGUAUCUGUCAGUUGGUGGUGGCAACAUGUGAUUGUUCCACUUCAAACUAAUUAAUUAUCCAGUGUUCCGUGUGAUUUAGGAGCAGGGAAUACAACUGAACUGAGCAGGGAAAUCUGUGGAUCAGUUAUGGAUCAAAUGAACAAUGUUUCAUGUUUGACAAUGUGAAAGUUUUUUUUGUUUUUUUUUGCGUGGCACAAUUUAAUCUUUUCAAUUCCUGUAGCGUUAGACGAAUGUUAGGAUGUAAGCUUCACUGAUGUCUAUAUGUAGCAGUCAGCCUACACUGCCAACUGUAUGAAAAUGUUAGAAUAACAUAUAAGCUAUGUGAGAGAUAAAGACUGCAAAUAUGUGUGACUUCAGGCAUUUCAAAUGUGCUUGCACCUGAAUGAAACACGAGUGAGAUGUCUAAUAAUGUAUAUAUCUCAUGAUGUAAAUCAAGAAUUAUCUUUAUUUUCGCUGAAAUGUUGUAGAGUAGUAAAUCAGUGUUUCAUACAUGUGUGUUUUCAUGCAAAUGAGACAAUCAAUGCAAAAGCUGCAAAUUAAAUCACUGUAAAACUGCAGAGGCGUUGAAUAAAGCUUUACCAUUGAAACUCCA